AUGGCUUCGUCAUCAUCAGGUCUCUCUGCCCCUCCAUCCGAGCAGUCGUCCCGAGCAUCUACCCCUGGACCCGGCGCUGCGCUGGGUGAGAAGACGCCUGACGACAGCAGUAAACUCAAAACAUUCGUCGGCAUCCUCAAGAAGUUCAUUGGAGUCUCUGAUAUUGCCGCCGUCCGCUUCUCCUUGCCCGCCCAGCUGCUCGAACCCAUCCCCAACCUCGAGUACUGGCAUUACCUUGACAGACCCGACAUCUUCGCCAGCAUUGGUGACUCGGAUGAUGAGCUUGGCCGCCUACUCGCCUGCUUGCGCUUUUGGUUCACCAAGGAUCUGAAAUAUGUCAAAGGCAAGCCUUGCAAGCCAUAUAACUCGACGCUAGGAGAGUUCUUUAGGUGUCAAUGGGAGGUCGAAGACAACGUGCCUGUUCUCCAGGGCAAGCCUGUCAAGGCCGACGACUCUGGGAAGCCCGUCAAGGUCUCUUACCUCACUGAGCAAACCUCGCAUCAUCCCCCAGUAUCAGCCUACUACGUCGACUGCCCCCAAAAAGGCAUCUCUGCAUGUGGUUUUGAUCAGAUCAGCGCAAAGUUCACUGGCACCAGCAUCCGUGUCACUCCGGGAACCUACAACGAAGGCAUCUAUGUCACCCUGCACAACUGGGCUGAUGAGACAUAUCAUCUCACUCACCCUGCUGCAUAUCUAGGUGGUUUCUUGAGAGGCAAUCUGAACGUCAGCGUGGCAGAUACUUGCUUCGUAACGUGCAAGAAGACCGGCAUCAAGGUCAUCCUUCACUAUCUCGAGGAGGGAUGGCUAGGCAAGACCCAGAACAAGGUUGAGGGUGUGGUGUACAAAUGCGACGUUGACAAGGACAACUUCACCAGAAUCAAGGAUGUCCCGGAAAAGGUCAUCCUUGGCCGUAUCGAAGGUGCCUGGCACGACAAGGUUUACUUCACUAAAGGGUCUGGUCCUGCGUCUAAGAACCCCGACAAGACUCUCCUCAUCGAUGUCAACCCCCUUUGGCCCGUUCAGAAGAUUGUCCCUCCUGCUGAGCAACAGCUGCCAAACGAGUCGCGCAAGUUCUGGAACAGCGUCACCGAGGCCAUUCUCAGCAAACAAUACUCCAAGGCCACAACAGAGAAGCAAGAGCUCGAGGAGCGUCAACGCCAAAAGGCGGCCGAUAGGAAGGCCAGAAAUGUUGAGUGGUCUCCUCGCUUCUUCACAGGUGCUACCACCCCAGCCGGAUUCCCUGAGCUCACCGAGGACGGCAAGAAGGUACUUCUUGGUCUGCAAAAUGGCGACUAUCAUCUUGAGGAGAGCAAAGAGACCGGUGCAUGA